CAUUGCGCGUACUCGCAAACAUGGUGGAUAAAUGAAUGGUAGAAGCUGUUUAUGGUUAAAAAUCCGGAAUAAACUUCUUUUAAUACAAUAUCUGUGGCACCGGGAAUUUAACAUGUCACUACACUGACUCAAACUCGGUUCAACACAGAUACAUAAGUAAUUUGAUGUCGUUCCCGGAGCCCAGACCUCAGGCUCCUCAGCUGCCUCAACACCUGCUGCGGAGCAUCGACUGUCAGCAGGGGGCCGUCCGGGCUGUACGCUUCAACGCGGACGGGAACUACCUGCUGUCCUGCGGCAGCGACAAGUCUCUGAAGCUGUGGAGCGUGAGCCGCGGCACGCUGCUGAAGACGUACAGCGGGCAUGGAUACGAGGUGCUGGACGCUGACGGUUCCUAUGACAACAGCCAGCUGUGCUCCUGCAGCUCUGAUAAGACGUUGAUCCUCUGGGACGUCGCCACGGGACAGGUCACUCGCAAACUCAGAGGUCACGCUGGGAAAGUCAACUGUGUCCAGUUCAACGAGGAGGCGUCUGUCAUCUUCUCUGGCUCCCUGGAUGGGUCAGUCCGAUGCUGGGACACUCGCUCCAGAAGAUUUGAGCCGAUCCAGAUUCUGGACGAGGCUCGGGACAGCGUCAGCAGCCUGAAGGUGGCUCAGCACGAGCUGCUCACCGGGUGUGUGGACGGCAGAGUGCGGCGCUACGACCUGAGGAUGGGACAGCUGCAUGUGGACUUCAUCAGCAGUCCCAUCACGUGUGUGUGUUUCAGUCAGGACGGGCAGUGCACGCUGAGCUCCAGUCUGGAUUCGACCGUCAGACUGCUGGACAAAAGCACCGGGGAGAUGCUGGGAGAGUACACAGGACACAAGAUGAAGGGCUAUAAGCUGGACUGCUGCCUCUCCAGUAAAGACACCCACGUGCUGAGCUGCUCAGAGGACGGACAUGUGUACUGCUGGGACCUGGUGGAGGGAUCUCUGACCCUGAAGCUGCCCGUGGGGAAAGCCGUGGUCCAAUCACUGUCCUUCCACCCCACAGAGACCCGCCUCCUCACCGCCAUGGAGGGGCGGGUCCAGGUGUGGGGGGCGGAGCCUGAGGAGGAGGGGGAUGGGGACGCCAUGGCCAUGUAGAGGUGGAGGAAAUAGUAUAUUUUUGUACAAAACCUUGAAUAAACGUUUUUGUGUUCCUAGUAAACAUCAUGUCAUUUCAGCUGAAUACGAAUCACACCAACACUGUUCUGUACAAAGGUGUCUUUAUUAGGAACACAAUGAACAUAGUAGAAAAUAAGUUAAUCAGCACGACAAAAGAAUGGUAACAAAUAAAUAAAUAACUUAUCUUACAUAAAUACAUUUUUUAAACGGCUGUUCACGAGUAAUUCAGAUUUUGAAAGAACUUCACUCAGCUGUGUUUGUUGUUGUUUCUACGCAGCUUCGUACAAUGAUUACCUUUUACUAUUAACCCCAAAAUAAAUACA